UUCCUCCUCUACGCCCUCUCUCCGCUCGUCCAAUUUAUUUUCAGAAUUUUCACAAAAAAAUUAAAAUAAAAAGAAAAACGAUGCGGGUCGGUGCUUUCUUCUUCGAUCGGGCUUCGAAAGCUCUAAAGAAUCCGACGUUCACGAAGCUCGUCGUCGUUUUCACCGUCAGUGGCGGAGGACUAGUGGCAUAUGCUGAUUCCAAGUCAGACAUUGGUUCUGAAUUAUCUCAAGCAUCUAACAGGAAGAAAGUUGUAGUUCUUGGAACUGGUUGGGCAGGGACCAGUUUUUUGAAAACUCUAGAUAGUUCCUUGUAUGAUGUACAAGUGAUAUCACCUCGUAACUAUUUUGCAUUUACCCCUUUGUUACCAAGUGUCACAUGUGGAACGGUGGAACCACGUAGUAUUGCUGAACCAAUCCGUAAUAUCAUAAAAAAGAAAAAGGCAGACAUCAAAUUCUGGGAAGCUGAAUGUUUUAAGAUCGACCCAAAGAGCAAGAAGGUUCAUUGUCGAUCUAAUAUAGGGACAAACUUAGAUGGCACUGGCGAAUUUGCAGUAGAUUAUGACUACUUGGUUAUUGCUAUUGGAGCUAGGCCAAAUACAUUCAACACGCCUGGUGUGACUGAGAACUGCCAUUUCCUAAAGGAAAUAGAGGAUGCUCAAAGAAUUCGGAAAAGUGUGAUGAACUGCUUUGAGAAGGCAGCUCUACCUAAUCUUAGUGAAGAAGAGAGGAGAAAAACUCUACAUUUUAUUGUGAUUGGUGGAGGUCCGACUGGGGUAGAGUUUGCAGCAGAACUCCAUGAUUUCGUUUCUGAAGAUUUGGCUAAGCUGUAUCCUAACAUUCGAGAUCUAGUGAAAAUAUCAUUGAUUGAAGCUGGUGAUCAUAUCUUGACGAUGUUUGACAAGAGGAUUACUCAAUUUGCUGAAGAGAAAUUUCAAAGGGAUGGCAUUGAUGUGAAAACAAAUUUCCGAGUCGUCAAGGUUUCUGAUAAGGCCAUCACGAUGACAAAUCCAUCAACAGGAGAAAUUUCUGUGCCUUACGGGAUGGCAGUCUGGUCCACUGGCAUUGGUACUCGCCCAAUCAUAUUGGACCUUAUGAAAGAAAUUGGCCAGGCUGGUCGGCGUGUGUUGGCAACUGACGAGUGGCUUAGAGUACUUGGAAGUGAUGAUGUGUAUGCACUUGGGGAUUGUGCCACUAUAAACCAGCGGAAGGUCUUGGAAGAUGUAUCGUCAAUUUUUCAGAAAGCAGACAAAAACAAUUCGGGAAAAUUGACCGUUAGAGAACUCAAAGUUGUUUUAGAUGAUAUAAUCGAAAGAUACCCUCAGUUGAAACUCUAUCUCAAAAGCAAGCAAAUGAAAGAUAUUUUGGAUCUCUUGAAGGAUUCUGAUUUUAAUCCUGAAGGUGAAUCUGUUGAACUGGACAUAGAGCGUUUUAAGAGAGCCCUUGCAAAUGUGGAUUCACAAGUCAAGAUGCUUCCUCCAACAGCUCAGGUUGCGGCACAACAAGGAACUUAUCUUGCCAAAUGCUUAAACAAAAUGAAGCAAUGUGAAGAAAAUCCUGAAGGUCCUCCUCGUAUUAGAGGACAGGGACGUCAUCGAUUUCGCCCCUUCAGGUAUAGGCAUUUAGGCCAAUUUGCUCCGCUUGGUGGGGAGCAAACAGCUGCACAACUGCCAGGAGAUUGGAUUUCUAUAGGCCAUAGCAGUCAAUGGCUCUGGUAUUCUGUAUACGCAAGCAAGCAAGUCAGUUGGCGCACAAGAUUCCUCGUGGUAUCUGAUUGGAUGAGAAGAUUCGUCUUUGGGAGGGACUCGAGUCGCAUGUGAGCCAGUUCUCUAAGAAGAUAACUACUCAACGGUUGGAUUUACUGACAAUCAUUCACUUUCAUAUAUUUCAUUGAAGGCACAGCUAUUCUUUUAAAAAAAAAUUUUGAGUUUUGACUGAGAUUCAUUGUUACGACCGGGUAGUAACUAUCGGUUUUGAUGAGAAAUUUAGUAUGCUACAAUUUUUCUUGAAAGAUGAUGUAUUGUUUCACUUGGCAAGUGUUAUGCAUUGUACGAGUUUCGGGCGCUAAUGAAUAGUGACAGGAGGAAGUUUUGUUAGCUUCUUCACAAGUCAAGGUGUCUCUAAAGCUUCUGCUGCUGAGUAUUGGUCACGCUCCUAGACAAAAAUAAGGAUGUAUCACUUCCGAAGUAGCAACAAAGUAAACCUUUUGAGGUGCCCUGACUCUCAUUUGUUGAUACAAGUAUAUGCAUGAUGAGAGAAUAAUUACUUGGCGACUGUAAUAUUCAGCGCACCUUGCGAUAUUUUCCGUUGCAGUCAUUUUCUCGUA